AUGAAUAGUGAAUCAAAAGAAACAAUAACAGAAAAAAUACUUGUAUUAUUACAACGUCUUAUAAAUGAUAUAUGGACAAGUCCAAUUAAUCUUAUUUUGGUAUUUUUAAUUAUAUUUUUACUUUUUAAAUUAUUUUUAUUAAAACGUAAACCAACACAUAGUCCAAGUCCAUCAAAUGUUAAACCACCAUUACCUAAAAUGGCUAAACAAGAUUUAACAAUUGAAGAAUUACGUAAAUAUAAUGGUAUAGAUUCAAAUGGUAGAAUUCUUACAGCUAUAUAUGGAGAUAUUUUUGAUGUUAGUCGACGAAUUGAUUUAUAUGGACCAGGAGGAUCAUAUUCAUUAUUUGCUGGUCGAGAUGCAACACGAGCAUUAUCAAAAAUGCAAUUAACACAAUCAUUAUUUGCAAAUGAAUAUGAUGAUCUUGCUGAUCUUACUGAUGGUGAACGAUCUACUGCUAGAAAUUGGCAUGAAGAUUUUCGUGAAAAAUAUGAUAUUAUUGGUCGUCUUCUCAAGCCAGGUGAACAGCCAAGUGUUUAUCCAACUGAAGAGCCUACAGUUGAUGAUAACAUUAAUAAAGAAAAAGAAAAACAAGAAUCACUUCGAAGUGUUCAUUCAGAAUCUAGUAUAAUAAAAUCAAUAUCAGGAGAAUCAUCAGUAAUUUUUGAUAAUAAUGAUGAUUAUGAAAAACAAGCCGAUAAAACAAUUGAUGAAAUAUGGAAAAUAUUUAAAGAUGAUAAUUCUUGGUUGGAAGAAGCAAAAAGUCAUAAUGGACUUGAUAUUGUUGUUUCAAAAAUUUUUCCAAAAUGGGGUAAAAUAUUUCGAUUAACUAGUACUAUCACAGGAUCUCAUUCUAAUAUUGUUGAAAUGUUAUUUGAACAUCAAGAAGAUAUUCCAAAAUGGAGUCCAACUGUUAAUGAUUGUAGAAUAUUAGAAGUUAUUAACAAUGAUUUGUACAUAACUUAUCAAAAAACUAAUGAACAAGCCCAAGGCUUUAUUUCGAAACGUGAUUUUGUUAAUUUAACAAUACGUCGAUUUAUUGAUGAUAUUGCAAUAUUAGCAGCACAAGCAUGUCAUUAUUCAAAAAUGCCUCCAAAUAACAAUUGUGUUCGAGCAAAAAAUGGACCAACAGCAUAUAUUGUUGAAAAACUCGAUGAAACAACUUGUAAAUUUACUUGGUUACUUAAUGUUGACUUGAAAGGAUGGCUUCCACAAUAUCUUAUAAAUAGUUCAUUAGCUAAUGUUCAACUUGGUCUUGUUGAAUCACUACGAAAUUAUAUAUCUAACAUUGUUGAUAUAGAAUUAUCCUAUUCGUCAUCGACGAGUGUUAAUAUAACCUAA